AUGGAAACAGAGCCAGCAGCCCAGCCCCGCCUCCUGCCCUGCCUGCCGACCCGCCCAGCAGCAGCCGCCGAAGACGGGGAGGAGGAGGACGGGCGUCUGGCGCUUGCUCUGCCCGCCCUGGGGGCUGCGGGGCCCGGCUUCGUCCCGGUCUUUCAGGUGCACAGCCCCUGCCCCCAGCCUAAGAGCACGCAAGGAGGAGCCAUGCCCUCCCCCCUGCAGUCGGCGGCGCUGAAGUCCAAGGAGGAGAAGGACGCCGAGCUGGACAAGCGCAUCGAGGCCCUGCGGCGCAAGAACCAGGCGCUCAUCAAGCGCUACCAGGAGAUCGAGGAGGACCGCAGGAAGGCCGAGCAGGAAGGCAUCGCUGUGACCGCCGCGCCCCGCAGAGGCCCCCCUCCCGCCGAGGGCCCGAGGCACGCGGAGACCCUGACGGUGCAGGUCGUGCUGGCCCCGGAAGAAAAGCGCGUGGUGAGCAACGAGCGGAAACCCCCUCCCUCCCACCGAGUGUCACGCAGCAACCCAAACGCCCGGGGCUCGGUCCGUGGAGGGGUCGGUCCACACAGGAUCUCCCCACGGGCAGAACGCCUCCCAGAACAGCCUGGCUCGGAAGGGGCUGAGGGAGACGGCGUGGGGGUCAGCAAGCGGGGACGAGGAGGCUGGAGGCCACGAGGAGGCCCUGCAGGAGACGCUGCACCAGACAGGAGAUCCAAGGAAUGGGAAGAGCGCCGGCGGCAAAACAUCGAGAAGAUGAACGAGGAGAUGGAAAAGAUUGCGGAGUAUGAGCGGAGCCAGCGAGAUGGGCUGCAAGAGAAGAACCCCGUGCGCAACUUCUUGGACGACCCCCGGCGCAGUGGCCCCUUCACAGAGUCGGACCGGCGGGAGGGCAGCCGGCGCCACACCCGCAACUGGGGGGGAGCAGACUUUGACAAGGUCAAGGCUGGGAUGGAGCAAGGCAAGGCGUGGCCCCCUCCGGGCCGUGGUGGUGGCGGUGGCCGGCGGAGGGAGGAGGAGGGGGCCAUGGACAUGACGCUCUCCAUGACGGGCCGGGAGCGGGCCGAAUACAUCCGCUGGAAGCAGGAGCGGGAGCAGAUCGACCGGGAGCGCCUGGCCCGGCACCGGCAGGCCACAGGCGAGUGGCGCCGAGAGUGGGACGCCGAGAAGAUGGACACCAUGUUUAAGGAGGGAGCCAAGGCUGGAGGGCCACCGGGCAGCAAGCAGGAUGAGUCUAGGCGCCCCCCCAAGUUGCCCACCCUCGGGGCCUUCCUGCCGGAACCCCGGCGGCCAGAGCGGCGCAGGAAGGGCAGAGGGCGUGGGUACGCACGGGGCACCCCCAGCAAGCCAUACAGCAUGCAUGACAAUCGCUGGGAGAAGGAGGAGGAGGAGGAGCUGGAUCCAGCCCGCCCGGUUGAGGUGAAGUCUGGUGCAGCCUCAGCACAGCAGGAGGAGCCGCCUGCCUUGCCCGCCUCGACCCACGCGGGGGGGCCGCCUGAGGAGGACGAAGACCAGUGGGAGGACGUGAGUGAGGGGGAGGAGGAGGAGGAGGAAGGCAGCCUCGGCCAGGAAGAGGCCCCCCCCUCCCGCCCCGCCGAGGAGGCCCCCCCGCUCUCACUCGCCAUGCCCCCCCCUGAGCUGGAGACCUCAAAGCCCUUGACCCCCUUCUCGCCGGCUGAGGGGUACCAGCCCGUUUCUGACUGGGGGGAGGAGAUGGAGCUGAGCUCCCCCCGGACCGACUGCACCAAGAGCCUCCUGCCACCUGUGGCGCCCCCUCCUGGAGCCCCAGUGGAAGAGACGGGGGAGGAGGAGUGGCACAGCCCCCCGCCUGAGGGGGGGGCAGCCCCCGAGCCCGGAGAGCAAGCCAUGAAGCCGCCGCUGCCGCCGGGCGCCGGGGAGGCCUGGGAGGCGGGCAAGGGGGGGCGGGCUGCUGCGCGCUGGCUGCGCCUGGCUCCGGUGUGCGCCUACAUGGCGUGCGUCUCGCUGGCCGCGCUGCUCCUCGUCCUCUACUACGGCCUGCUCUGGGCCCCCGCCGCGGCGGCCAACGGCACCGGCGCCCCCCCCGCCCCCGGAGGAGGCCUGGCCGGCUCCGCAGCGCCUCCCGACCGCCCAGCGCGCACCGAGGCAGCAGCCCUGGCGCCCGCCAGCCGGAGAAGGCCGCUUGACCCCCUCCCCUCCCCCGCGAGAGGCGGCUGCGCCUGCUGA